ACAUACAAAUCGGCCAUAUUAGAGAGAUGGAAAUAAAGCUUCCUUAAUGUUGUAUAUGUCUUUGAAGUACAUCCGUGCAUUUUCUUUUUUAGCAUCUACCCAUCCCUCCCUUGUAGUGCUUGGUCCCUCAAAUCACCCUCUCCCAUAGUCCACCCGCCUAACAUCUCACUCUGAAAAUGCACAGGGAUGCCUGGCUACCUCGCCCUGCCUUCAGUGUCACGGGGCUCAGUCUCUUUUUCACUUUGGUGCCAUCAGGGUGGAGCAUGGAAGUCACGGUCCCUCACACUCUCAACAUCCUCAAUGGCUCUGAUGCCCGCCUGUCCUGCACCUUCAACUCCUGCUACACCGUGAACCACAAACAGUUCUCCCUGAACUGGACUUACCAGGAGUGUAGUAACUGCUCUGAGGAGAUGUUCCUCCAGUUCCGCAUGAAAAUCAUUAAUUUGAAGCUGGAGCGGUUCCGAGACCGCGUGGAGUUCUCGGGGAACCCUAGCAAGUACGAUGUGUCAGUGACACUGAAGAAUGUGCAGCUUGAGGAUGAGGGCUUCUAUAACUGCUAUGUCACAAACCCGCCCGACCGCCACCGUGGCCAUGGCAAAAUCAACCUGCAAGUCCUCCUGGAAGAGCCUCCAGAGCGAGACUCCACAGUGGCAGUGGUCGUGGGUGCCUCUGUCGGGGGUUUCCUGGCUGUGGUCAUCUUGGUGCUGAUGGUGAUCAAAUGUGUGAGGAGGAAAAAAGAACAGAAACUGAGCACCGAUGACCUGAAGACGGAGGAGGAGGGCAAGACAGAUGGCGAGGGCAAUGUGGACGAUGGCACCAAGUAAUGGGUGGCCUGCCCGGCAGCCCCUCCCUGUGUCCUAUCUCCUCCCACUCUCUGCCCUGUACAGUGUGUCCCUGCCUGCCCUCUCUUGGUGUGCUUCUCUUGAAUAGGACCCCAGGGUCCACCUGGGGCCUCCUGAAUCCCUCACUUCGUAUGCCUCACCCUGCACCGAGAGUGACCCACCUCUCUUCCAUCUGAGAACUGUCAUGGCACCUGGCAUGUGUGGGUCCUGGGGAGAGGAAAGAAAGGGCUCCAACCUGCCAGUCUCUGAGACGAGGCAGGAGACAUGUGUGGAGUUCUCACAGAGAUGAUGGGGGAGGGUGGGCAGUAGUGAUCAGUCUGCCCAGAGAGGACUUGGGCAUGGGUGGGAAUGUGGUCCUGAGCUGACCAGAGCUGCCUUGAGAUGGCUUCACCAUGGCCUUGGUGUGCUCCUCUGGCUGCUCCCAGCCCAGAGCAGCCAUCAGGCUGGUGUGAGGAUGGGUUCCUAUCAUUUUAUGGGGCAUGUUUAAAAGGAUGACUACAUUUCCGGGGCACUGACAGAAAGCUAGGGCUGAAGCCAACCUGGACCACAGCCUCACCAGGGCGCUCUGUUCCGGCCUCAUUUCCAUUGCUGGCUGCUCCCCUAGGAGGCUUUUGGUUUGCUGUUGGCUACAGAUCCCUUGGGGAUGUUGUUGGGGACAGCACUGGAAAAGCAGCUCCAGGUGGGGUUCAUGCUCCACCCUAGGGACCCAUCCACAGAAGACCCAUGUCAAACUCAGCAGAGGGACUGAUGGUGGGGCUUUGACUGCAGACUAAAUUCUCCAGCCUGGUGCCCAUCCUCAUCUGGGCCAGAAGUAGCCAGGUUCCGAGAAGGUAGGGUACACAGGGGCAGGUUCCUUGGUUUACUUCUGUUUGGACUUCGG